AUGCAUUCUUAUGAAGAAAGGAGUAAAAAGAUGUCAGGUUCUAAAAAUAAAAAACACUUGUCAAUUAAAGUACAAAAGUCUGGUAAUAAGGAGGUGAUUAGUGCACACAAAACUAAGUUUUCACACCCUAAACCUACAAAAUCACGAGCUCCAGUUCCUUCACAUGUAUCUAAAAAGCCUUCAGCAUUACCACCCUCUUCUUCGCAGCCACCACAAAAAUUCAAGAGAAAUUUACUAUUUUCCCAUGCCGAUCAUACACCAUCACCAUCACAAUCACCAGCUGAAUCACCAUAUUGUUCACCUAUCCAACCUCAGUCAUUUGAUAAUGCUCCUAAUAAUGAACAAAAUUUACAUCAUGCUCACUUAUCGGAUGAAAAUCAUCAAGAUGAAUCUCUUGCUCAAGAAGGUGAACUUGUCACUCAAGAAGGGCUCUUGAAAAUAGAGCCUUUUGGCAAUGAGUUUAAUCCAUGUACUGCUGUUCGUCAUGUAACAAAUGCCAUUAAAAGCAAAUUUUCAGAAUUCUGCCCUUCCUGGAGACAUGCUAGUGAGCAAAUGCGAGAUUUGUGGUUUACUGAAUUUAAGAAAAAUUAUUCGAAAUUUAAGAACUGGUCAGCAGCAAAUACUGUGAAUCGAGCAUCAAAUGCUGGAAGUUCCAUGCAUACUGGUGGUUCCAUAUCUAUGGGUGAACAUGCACGCAGAAUGGAGAAAGCUACGGGAGUAAAACCUUCUCUAGAAGAGGUUUAUACUAAAUGCCACACCAAAAAAGACAAAAGUUGGAUUGAUGAAAGAUCUGAGAAAGCCAUUGGUGAAUUCAAAAAGCGAAAGACAGAACUUUCUCAAGUAGCUUUAUCCUUGGAUAAUGAGGGAGAUGUUGAGGCAUCUAAGGAAGGCCUAGAUAUACCAGAUGAUUAUACUGUUUGGAACGAAGUUGUGACAAAGGGAAAAAAGAAAGCUGCUUUUGGUUUAGGUUCUUUUGGUUUAGAUCUCUCUUCAAAGUUGGAUUCUAGAAAUUGUUCAGAGACAUCUAAAGACAAUCUAAAUAUUGAGCAAGAACUUCACAUGUGGAAAGAAAAAGCAAAGGAGCAAGAAAUGAUCAAUGAAGAGCAAAAGGUUAAGUUGAAAGAUGCUGAGCACAAGUUAAAAGAUCAAGGACGUCAACUAAAAGUUCAACAGAAAAGAAUUGGUUCUACUGAAAAGACAAUUCAUGCUUUGUAUAAAAAGUUGAAUCUCCCACUUCCUUCAACCUUGUCUGAUCCUACGGAAGAUGAGCUUGGGACAGGCUCUAGUGAUGAUAACAUGAGUGAUUGA